CACCUGGUACAGUCGUCAUGGAAGCGCGACGCACCGACGAGGUAAACGCUGUAGAAAAAAGGAACCAUCCUUGUACGUUGUCCAACGGGACGAAAACAAACGUCAUUGUUUCUUCUUUUAGAAACUCGCAGCUUGCAACAGAUUAAUUGUGCUGCAUUGCUGCUUACUGAUGAAGAGAGCCGCGGAGGCUGGUUGCAGUCAAGCUCCAUCCGCGCUGCUGCGCGGUCCUCUCUGCCAUGGCCGUGAUGACCGAGGUGUUGGUGCUGGCCGCGGUGGCCGGCAUCGCCAUGCUGCUGUCACGCUUCCUGCUCGGCUACCUGCGCUUCAGGAAGCUGGAGAUGGCCAUCCCCGGUCCGCCCUCGCUCCCGCUCCUCGGCAACGCGCUGGACGUCAUGAGGGCGACCCCGGACACGAUCUUUCAGACUAUCCUUGGUUUAGUCAAAGAUUGCAGAAAGUUGAGCCGCGUGUCAAUUUUUAGUCACAUGAUUAUCGUGAUCCAAGACCCCGCGGACAUCAAAGAGCUCAUGCGUCGCCCGGAGUUCGGAAACAAGGCCUUCUUCCUCUACAGCCUCCUCGAAGGCGCUGCGAAGAAGGGACUCGUCCAGCUGAGCGGCGCCGAGUGGAAGGCGCACCGCAAGUGGCUGGCUCCUGGCUUCAACCAGAAGGUCCUGGACCGCUUUGUGACCAUCUUCUGCGAAGAGGCCAACGGCUUUGUGGACCGCGUGGACACUGACAAAGAGGUGGACGUGUUAGACAACCUGAGGAAAGCACUCAUGCGGGAUUUCCUCCGAACGUCCAUGGCUGCCGAGGGCUCGCAGUUCGACGACGACCUCAUGGAAGCCGUCGAGUUCAUCAAAGUGUUCACGUACUCUGUCAACGCCCGCGCCUUCAACCCCCUGCUGUGGUCGGACCAGAUAUUCGCGCUGACUUCGCUGGGGAGGAAGGCGAGCAGGAUGAAGGGCAGCUUUGAUUUGGUGGUCAAGAGGCUCAUCGCGGAGAGGCGGAAGCAACUUGGGAACCAAGAGAGCAACCACGACUCCGAGCGGGCACGGCAGACCCUCGUGGACAUCAUGCUGGAAAAGACCGACGUCGGGGACGGCAAGCAUAUGACGGAGCAGGACAUCGUGGACGAGUUUAAAACCUUCAUGGCCGCCAACGUGGACAUCGAUGUUCGUGCUGAGCAUGGCGCUCAAGGUGUUGUCCUUGAUGCCGGAGAGGUCCAGCACCUCGCCUACUCCGAAGCAGUCUCCGUUCUCGGCGUCAGGGACGUCACUUGCGAGGAUCUGUCUAAGCUCAAGUACCUGGAUCGCGUGAUCAAGGAGGUCUUGCGAAUGUUUCCGCCUCUGCCGGUCGUCGCCCGGCAGUGCUACGCGGAGACCGAGCUGUGCGGGAACAUCAUCCCGGCAGGCUGCACCGUCGGAGUCGUCAUCUACACAGCGCACCGCGACCCCAAGUACUGGGACAAGCCCGAGGUGUUCGAUCCGGACCGCUUCCUUCCCGAGAACUGCAAGGACCGCCACCCCUACGCCUACAUCCCCUUCAGCACGGGCCCGAGGAACUGCAUCGGCGGCAAAUACGCCAUGAUGAGCAUGGCCACCUUCCUCGCCACCACGCUGAGGGCCUUCAAGGUGCUGCCCGUGGACGACCACAAGGACCUGCAGAGCCUCGCCGACAACAUGACCUUCCACGUGACGGCCCGACUUGUCGGCGGAGUGCGACUCAAGUUCCAGGCCAGGGUUUAGGAGUACUGAGUUCGGCAUAGGGUCAGUUGGGGUAAUUAUGGGACACGGGGUAAAAGUGGGACAGCUGAUUCUUAGUCAAGAAUCGAGAUUUUAG